AUGUCAAACUCUGCUUACAACAGCACGACCCCGUCCAUGGUUUUCUUGACUGGCAUCCUUGGGCUGGAAGAUACGCAGCCCUGGAUUUCCAUCCCAUUCAGAGUGUUCACCAUAGCCCUCUUUGGGAGCAGCACCCUCUUGUACAUGAUGAAGACAGAGCCAUCUCUCCACAAGUCCAUGUUUUAUUUCCUGUCCAUGCUGGCUGUCAUUGACUUGGUGGUCUCCCUGACCACUGUGGCCAAAAUGCUGAGCAUCUUCUGGUUCAGUGCCCAGGAGAUCACCUUCAGUGCCUGCCUUGUGCAGAUGUUUUUUCACAUUUUCUCAAUCAUGGAGUCGGUGGAGCUGCUGGCCAUGGCUUUCAACAAGUAUGUUGGCAUCUGCAACCCCCUGAGCUACAAGUCCAUCCUGAUCAUCUCCCUGGUAGUCAAGAAUGGGCUGCUGGCUCUAAAGAGGACAGCUGGGCUCAUGUUGCCUCUGCCUUUUCUCCUGUCCCUGCCGUACUGCUGCUCCCACAUCAUUUCCCACUGCUACUGCAAACACAUGGUGGUGGUGGAACUGGCCUGUGCCAACACCAUGGUCAGUAACAUCAUCGUGGUUCUCUUCAUUCUGGAAUUGAAGCUGUUGUUCAUCGGGCUUUCCUACCUCAGGACCUUGAGGACCAUCUUGAGCUUGGCGUUGAAGGAGGACAGACUGAAGGUAUUGGGGACCUGCCUCUCCCACAUCUGCGUCAUCCUGGUCUUCUACACCCCUGUGGUUCCCUCAUCAGUCAUCCACAGGUUUGGUUGCCACAUUGCCUCUCACAUGCGCACCUUUAUGGCUAAUUUCUACGUCCCUUCCUCCCCCAUGGUGUAUGGUGUCAAAAACAAGCAGAUCCAUGACCGGGUGCUCAUUGCAUUUUUCUCUCAAGAGAAUAUAAAUUCUCACAUAUCCCAUCUACAGGAGCCUGUACGGAUAUUCAUACAACUGCACAUGCAAAUUGCAGCCUACGAUGGGACACAGAAAUUAACCCUGGACACAUAA